GCGAGUGCAGAUAAAAGGGAUGCGGAGGACCCGAAAAAGUCACGGUGCUCUAGAGCUUCAAAUCCCACCCCUUCUCCCUCCUGAACCCCUCUCGCUUCUCUUCGCCACUAUGAGACUUCUAUCCAGCCGCGCCGCCCGCAUCCCCGGCCCUUCGGGCUCACUGUGCUUGCUGCUCGCGCUGCUGCUGCUCACACCCCCAGGGCCCCUCGCCAGCGCGGGUCCUGUCGCGGCCAUAGUGAGAGAGCUGCGUUGCAUGUGCUUAACCACCACACCGGGGAUUCAUCCCAAAAUGGUCAGUAAUCUGCAGGUGAUCGCCCCAGGACCGCAGUGCUCCAAGGUGGAAGUGGUAGCCACCUUGAAGAACAGAAAGGAAGUCUGUCUGGACCCAGAAGCUCCUCUGAUCAAGAAGGUCAUCCAGAAAAUGUUGGACAGUGGAAACAAGAAAAAUUAAGAGAAAGGACCAUGCAUUGGAAAAAUUGCCCAGUUCUUCAGCAGAAGAGUUUUCUGGGGAUCUCUGGACCCAGUGAAGACAAGAAGCAAGGGCUGAUUUUCUCCAGUGAGUUAGGUUUCUGUAUGAAUUCCCCACUAUGAGAGAGAGAUGAGAGGAGGGAAACUAUGUUUGUCCCUGCAGCUUUCUGCUCAGUUUAUGGCGUGUUUAGCAUAGUAUUUCCUGGUCCUUAUUUCUGUUAUUUUAUCUGCUAUGCUACUGAAAUCUUUGGCAAUUAACUAAAUUGUGAAUCAAGAAUCACUGGUUGUUAAUCUUUCAAAGCGACUAUUGUAUUUCUAGAAUAUAGUUCUUAUAGUGCUAUGGAAAAAGCUGUGUCUUUAAUGUGGGAAUGAUAUUUCAUUAGAAUGCUGUAUAUGGAGAUAAACUGUUAUUCUCACUCUUUCAUGAAAUAGGAACUAUUUUAGUAUUGUUUCUUGAGGAAUAUGUUAGAGAAUUUUCUUACU